AUGCAAAUGUACUGUUUCACCAUAUUGAACAAAUUUAAUAAAGUGCAAAAGUACAUUUCAAUAAAACAAGGAUUUUAUCCCGUUUUUGCAAAAAUAAUUUUUAUUCCUAGUCAGAAUAGGUUAAAACUUUUUAGGAGCAAAAUGGAAAACGAAGCAGAAAAGGCAAAGCAGGAAGGUAGUAACAUCAGCAACAAUGCUGAAGAGAUGAAUGAAAAGAAAAAGGAAAAGAAAGCGAAGAAGCUAGCGGAAAAAGAAAAAAAGCUAGCCAAAAAAGCAGAAAGGGAGAAUUUAAAAAAUGAAGCCCAGAAAAUUUUAGAACACGUGUGUGAAGACAUAAACAAAGAUAACUUUGGAUACAUCAAAGUUAGUAUAAUAAAAAAAAAUAACGAUAAGAUCAAAUUGUAUAAUUUGGAAGAGGUUUACAAUGCAUUGAUGAAGGUGGAUAGCUUGGAGGGGACAAAUCAGAAACGAGAAGACACAACGAGCAACACUGUAGUAGGACCCGAGUUAGAUGCAGAACAUUUGCUACAAAAGGACAUUUGGGUUAGAGGAAGAAUCCAUGAUAUUAGAAGUAAAGGCUCAUUGGCCUUCAUCAUUUUGAGACACAAAUUAUAUUCCAUGCAAUGUAUAUUAGAUAUAAAAAACAAUGACAAUAACAAGAACAUGAUGAAAUGGGUAAGUAACCUAUCGUUGGAAUGUAUUGUAGACAUUAAUGGAAAAUUGAUUAAACCAGAAAUACAAAUUGAUAGUACGAAUAUCAAAUAUGAAAUACAUAUAAAUAAAAUAUAUUGUAUAAGCAAAACGGUAAAGGAAUUACCAUUUUUAUUAAAAGAUGCAAAUAUGAAAGAAACAAAUGAAGAAGGAACUAUUAAAGUGAAUCAAGAUAAUAGAUUAAAUAAUAGAUGUAUUGACUUGAGAACGUAUGCAAAUUAUAGUAUUUUCUAUCUUCAAUCUCAAAUAUGUACUAUUUUUAAAAAUUUUCUACUACAAAAUAAUUUUAUAGAAAUACAUACCCCAAAAUUGUUGGGUGAAAGUAGUGAAGGAGGAGCGAAUGCAUUUCAAAUAAAUUAUUUUAAUCAGAAAGGAUUCUUAGCACAAUCUCCUCAGUUGUACAAGCAGAUGUGCAUAAACUCUGGAUUUGAUAGAGUCUUUGAAAUUUCUCCUGUUUUCAGAGCUGAAAAUAGCAAUACAUAUAGACACCUUUGUGAGUAUAUAUCCCUAGAUGUAGAAAUGACAUAUAAGUAUGAUUAUAUGGAAAAUGUUUUUUUCUACGAUUCUAUGUUUAAGCAUAUAUUUAACGAAUUAACAAAAUGUAAAAAAAAUGAACUUUUUAUUAAAACUAUAAAAAAUCAAUAUCCAUCUGAGGAUUUCCAGUGGUUAAAUGUUACUCCAAUUUUUACAUAUGAAGAGGCAAUCAAAUUGUUAAUCAAACAUGACAAAUUGAAUUUAAAGGAAGAAGAAAUUCUAAUGUAUGACAUGUCAACCGAUAUGGAAAAAGAGUUGGGAAAAAUUGUUAAAGCUUCUCAUCAUACAGAUUAUUAUAUAAUUAUUCAUUUCCCAUCUGCUCUGAGACCAUUUUAUACCAUGUAUAAAGAAGACGAUCCAAGGAUUUCAAAUUCUUAUGAUUUUUUUAUGAGAGGAGAAGAAAUAUUAUCUGGAUCCCAGAGAAUCAAUGAUGUUAAUUUGUUGUUAGAUAAUAUCAAACGCUUCAAUUUGGAUGCUACAAAACUCAAUUUUUAUAUCGAUUCCUUUGCAUAUUCCUCUUACCCGCACUCGGGUUGUGGAAUUGGCCUUGAACGUGUCCUUAUGCUUUUUUUAGGCCUCAACAACAUCCGCAAGACAUCUCUUUUUCCACGAGAUCCAAAGAGGCUAAUACCAUGA